UGAUGCGCCUCUGGCGCUUGGAAGGGAGAGGGGGAAGGAAAGAAACCGACGGUAACUAUGGAAACGGGGCCUAGUUCCUCUCCGGAGACCCUGGAAUCAAGGCCCCAAAGCCUUGCGUGGCCGGGAGCGCGGGGUUUUUUCCCGGCUGGGCUCUGGAGCGGGGAGGGAGCCGGAGCAUCCUUGUGAGGUUCGGCUUGCUCCGGUGGAAGCCCGAGAAAAUCGGGGUCCCUUCUUGGUCUCCCGGCAGCACCCCCGAUCAUGCCACCUGGGAAGGUGGGCAGCAAGGACGUCUUGGUGUUGCAGUGUGAAUGGGACGCGUGCAGCUUUGUGGCCUCAAAGAUGGAGGAGUUCUGCGAACACGUGUCGAAGCACUUGCAGCAGCAUCUCCGUGGCAAAGACGAGGAGGAGGAAGAAGAGGAGGUGGAUUCUCUUGAAGAAUACACCUGCCUCUGGCAGGAAUGUGGGUUCUGUUCUCCCGAGAGCCCUGCGGAGCUGGUCCGCCAUGUUUACUUCCACUGCUACCACACCAAACUGAAGCAGUGGGGGCUGCAUGCUUUACAGAGUCAGUCGGACCUGGCCCCUUGUCAGCUGGACUUCCAGAGUCGCAACAUCAUCCCUGAGAUCCAGGAGAGCUUCCUCUGCCUCUGGGAGUAUUGUGAGCGAGCUUUUGACAACCCUGAGUGGUUCUACAGGCACGUUGAGGACCACAGUUUCUGCACAGAGUACAAGGCCAUUGGGAAAGAGAACCACAUGGUCUUCUGUGGCUGGAAAGAUUGUGAUUGCACCUUCAAGGGCCGGUGUAAGUUGCGUGAACACUUGCGCAGCCACACGCAGGAGAAGGUCGUGGCUUGUCCCACGUGCGGCGGGAUGUUCUCCAACAACACCAAGUUCUUUGACCACAUCCGCAGGCAGACAGCUUUAGAACAACAGCGAUUUCAGUGCUCCCACUGCUCCAAAAGAUUCGCCACGGAGAGGUUGUUACGGGAUCAUAUGAGAAACCACGUCAACCACUACAAGUGCCCGCUGUGUGACAUGACCUGCCCUCUGCCCUCGUCUCUGCGCAAUCACAUCCGUUUCCGGCACAGCGAGGAACGGCCCUUUAAGUGCAGCUACUGUGACCACAGCUGUAAGAAUCUUAUUGAUCUGCGGAAACAUUUGGAUACACAUAGCAAAGAACCCGCUUACCGGUGUGAGUUUGAGGCCUGCAACUUCAGCGCCCGGUCCCUCUGCUCCAUCAAACUGCACUACAAGAAAGUCCACGAGGGUGACUCCGAGCCUCGGUACAAAUGUCACGUCUGUGACAAGUGCUUCACGCGUGGGAACAAUCUCACUGUGCACCUUAGGAAAAAGCACCAAUUCAAGUGGCCUUCAGGCCAUCCCCGCUUCAGGUACAAGGAGCACGAGGACGGCUACAUGCGGCUCCAACUGGUCCGCUAUGAAAGCGUGGAGUUGACGGAGCAGCUGCUGAAAGACCGGGAGAAGCAGGGCGAGGUGUUGGACGACACUGGCCAGUGCGUGGUGCUGGCGGGAGCCGAGAGCAGCCUGCAGGGCAUCAUCCUGGAGCCGCCCGCAGAGGAGACCCCUGACCCUGACCGGCAGGCUGCCACGUCUCCCCAGGGCUCGGCUCAGCCAUGUACAGACCAAGAACUCAGUGCCCCAUCCAGCCCCAUCAUCCGCGUGGUGAGCAGGACCAAUGAACACGGGGAGAGCGAGACGGUCUACUAUGUCAUGGCCAACGCGCCGUCUGAGAAUCGGGGGGCUGUGCCGAGCGGGUUUGCCGCCGAGUCGGAGGAGACUGUGAUGGACCGGCUCCAGAAAACGGCAGAGGAGCUGGGCAUUCAAAUUGUAUGAGGCUCCUGCUCCUGGAGGGCACUCCAGGCUUUCCCCCCACCCUGCCCCAAGUCCCAGGUGGCUGGUCUGGAAGAGCCCAUGCCUCCGUUGGGCUCCCUGCCUCUCUUCAAGGACACGUCAUGAAACCUGAAGGCCUGGCCAAGGCAGGAGGAGACGGCGGUGCCACAAAACAGCACUCCAGGGACCCCCGUUUCAGUUGCCCUUUUCUUUCUGUGCCAUCAUGGGCUGCCCCUUCUGCAGCCGUGUAUGAGCUGUGGUUUCGUGGUGGGUGGUCUUGUAAGGGGGAGCGUGACCCUCAAGCUUCUAGAAGGGACACCUGGAGGGCAGGGAUUAGUUCACCAGUGGGGGGGGGGAGGAUCCUGUUACAUCCCUUGGGCCACGGAGUCCGUCCUGGGAAUUGUCCCACCUUUUUUUGUCUGUCCUUCAGGAGAAUGACAAGACCAGAGUUUCCCCCACUUCUUCUGUUGUGGUCACCUGCUUUCUCUUUAGCCAGGCUCUUGCUGCCACCGUGUGUCCCCAUCCUUGCAAUGAAAUGUCAUCCAGUUUCUCUGAGCUUCCACCUUGCAGAAGGUCUGGCCGAUGUAAUAACAGGGCAGGCCACUGGGACAGGGCUUGUCUGUGGUUUCCACGAAGAACCCCUGCCUGCCCCCCACGUAUGACAUUAUCGUGCCGGCAGGAUCUUCUGCUUGGUAGGAUCCUCGUCAGCUUCUUCCAGACCUCUCUGCAUUCAAGCGUUCCAAGAGGGUUGCAGCUGCGAUGAUCCUCGUCACUCGUUUCCCCCAGGCAAAGAGCUUGGGGCUUUGAAAGCCUGCCGUUUCCCAUUGCCGCUGCACCAUGUCUUGCUUGCCACCUUGUCUUUACCAGGAUGUCUUUGGCACGUGCUGUCUUUAAGCCACCAGAGCUUCAUGAGUUGGCUUGAAGUCGGUGAGUUUUGUGGACUGAACCGCCUCUGCCCUGUGAUCGAAGCUGCGCAGGACGGAGCGCCCAGAAAUGGCUCCCACCGCCAUGAAGUGGCAGAGCAAAUAGCGGCAUGUCUGUGGUACCGAUGAGGAUUAUUCUGGCCGAGGGGCACUUCCCCCACAUUGGGGUUCCAGCUCCCGAGUUGCAAAGUUUGCAUUAAGACAAUAAUAGGGUAAUAAACAUAUUGAUAAUUUUAAAAAGCACAACCACAUCUGUGUGUCCUUGUCUGAAGUGGCUUGCCAUCUGCCCAGGCGAUCAAAUCUCUUUUGCAAAGAUUUAGGAUUAGAUUUGGUGGCCACCCUUGGUGUCCGGUGAGCCACCGUACUGGUGCCGGGAAGGAGGAUCUUCUGUUUGAAUGCCUGUUCUGGAAGUGGGUGAGGAUUCCCUUCCUCCACUGCGUGUGCCUUGGUUUGCUUC